AUGGGACGUGGAAAGUAUACGGAACAAGAAGCACUAUAUGCGCUGCCAGAGCCAACGGCAGAUGACAACAGAGAUCAACCAACGAUUGAACCCAAUAACAGCGAGUGGUUCACAACGCUGGCGCAGCUGCCUCCAAGGUUCCGCAGCGUCGUGUGGAUCAAGCGCGGCAGCUACGUCUUGGUCGAUCUCUCUGAGCAAUUGACGGACAAGAUUGGUGGUGAGAUUGCAAUGGUCAUGAUGGCUACUCAGAUUAAGCACUUGAGGCAGAUCGAACAAUGGCCGACGCACUACGAGGAUAUGUGGGAUGGGAUGUUGGGUAAGUCUGCUGGUGCUGCGCAGCCGGGCACGGUUAAGAGCGAGUGUGGCAGCGAGGACGAGGACGAGGAUAUGGAUGAUUUGAUGGGCGGCCGCAAUCCCAACCGGCAAUACAUUGGAGGAAACGACGACAGCAGCAGCGAGGAUGAGGAUGAGGAUGAGGAUGAGGAUGACGAGUAAAGCAAACAAUUAGAUCUAAAAAUUUAAUAAUAAGCCAAAUCAAAUUAUUCUAUAACAGCAGCAUGUUUUAUCAUGCCAACACUAGUUUUUGUUAUUGUGUUGCUGCGGGAUGACGUACUGGAUCCAUAUGAGUUUUGUUCCGUGGAGCUGUGUGGGAUGCAGUAGAGUGCCUGUCAGAAAACCAC